CAUUCGUUUUUGUCUUUCCGUUGCGUUGCUGCAUUCUCCCUCUUCGCUCUGGUUAUUCGAUCCCCGAUUUUCGCUGCGAAACUCGUUGGUUUAUCGCUCCUGCGUCCGCUCCCGUUCGCUGGCGCUAGAUGGCCACCCCUCGCGUUUGGCAUUGACUCUGCAAGGGAGGUUGAGCCAGUUUUUGACUCUACUCUUCUCUGCUUUCUGUUUUUUCCUCCGGAGGAAGCCAACUAGCGGAGACUUUGCGGGGAAUUCUCUUUGCGGCGUUGUUGGAAGUUCGUGCGCGCUCCAGCACUGGCGGUGAGCUGGUUUGUCGCUUCUGCGCGCAUGCGCCAGGAUUCUUCUACAGCGGCGAGAACCCGCAACGACUGCUGUGCUUUUACCGGAGUUAAACACGCAGUUGUCUUACUUCGCACCCCCUCCCGAUCUCGGUUCUUUUCAUUUCGUUCCGUGAAUUCGCUUCCCCCCUUGCAGCUCCCGUUCCCCGCCUCCUCGCCGGCGCCGCUGUGUAGCUCCGCUGCACCGCGCCCGCUUUUCUGGUCAUUUUCUCUCUUCGUCUAUUGCGGCGUCUUCACUGUUCGUCUCCGUCAGGGCGUUUGUCCUCGAGGCUGUCGACAACCUGCGCUUGUAUCAGGGAAGGGGGGCAGAGAAACUCAGAGGAAAGACCCAUUUUUCGACCCGCUGUCGUCUCCCGUUGGCUGCCACGCUCCUUUUCUCUACUUCAAGCUCCCAAGUUCUACUAAGACUCGGUUCUCGUGGCUUGUCGUGACCUUGCAGUCUCUCCGUCUUGUUUGUUUCUGUCUUGCCUGUGUUCCGUCAAAGUCGUGUUUUUCCCGAACCCCCUCUCCUCUGCCACUUCCGCGUUCAAGCAUUUACCUCUCGCCUGCUUCUCAAACUCGCUGUAACCCUGUGCGCUUCGACCUGGGUGGGUCUCGUUGCCUCCAACGAGAGUUUCAGGUCUCAUUCUUUCUUUCACCCUCGCCUCUCGUGUCUCCUAAGCGACGUCCCCUACUCCCCAGUCACCAUGUCAGACACCGAAGAAGUUCCCCUGGAGGAGAUAGCCGAAGAAGAGGAAGUAGAAGCUGGGGAAGCCGAAGCAGAAGAGCAGGGCGGCGAUGAAGAAGGUGACGAAGGGGAGGAAUUCGAAGAGGAAGUAAGCGGCGACGUGGAGGCGGAGGCUGCGGAUGUUUCGGCGGCGCCCGACGCCGGGCUCGGCUACGUCGAGGCCCCGGACACGGGCGAAGUGGCAGAGAUCAUUCUCGUCACAACUUCUCUCGGGAGCAUUCGGAGGCAGUUUUUCUCCAGUCAGAGACUCAAGAACUUUCUCGACUGCAAGGGCGUCGUCUACGUCAUCAUCGACUCAAACAGAGACACGAGCAGUGCGAAGAAUCUGAAAGACGUCGAACUUUUCAAGGAAUGGAAGGCCAACCGAAUUCUGAAGGCGACGGAAGAGACGGAGUUCAGUUCAGAGCCAGAAGUUAUUAUCCCUCAGGUGCUCGUCGACGGUGUCUUCGUCGGCGAUGAGACUGUGGUCCAGGACUUCGAGGAAGAUGGAGACCUUGAUUGGAUUUUCUCGCGCGCGGCCUGUCCGGCGUGUCUGCACGAGAAGCCGCCGGACGCCCCGUCGUGUCCCUCUUGCGGCGUCACCUAUCGUUCGCUCAUUCCAGCGCAGUACAUUGCGGAGGCGCAAGUGAUUCAAAUGCUGCAGGGAUGCCCAUACAAUGGAGAAGAAGGAGAAGAGAAAGACUCGAAAGAGCGGUGGGCUGCCUCGCCUUCCUUCGAGGGCGGAGUCGACCUCGGCACCUUCGAAGAAGGCGAAGAGCCGCAGGCAGAGGAGGAGUAAGCGGCCGAAGACUGGGCACCGGACGAAAAGCGAGUCGGAGAGGUCCCAGGAGCAUUUUCAGUGGUCACCGGCGUCAUCCAGACACCGACGCACGGAGUGGGGGGAGAGAGACGCACACAGCGACGUGAAAGACGAAAACCUAGAGAGACCACGACGUGGAAAGGGGGAGGGGAAAGCAGAGAAAGGAUGAAAGAGAGAGAGAUAGAGAGAUCAGCGAAUCCAACGCGAGUGAGCAAAAAGAGACUCGAUGAAAGUCGACAAGACAGGAAAGCACAGAACGUCAGGAGAAAAAACUUUCUGUGCAAAGCCGAGAGAGCGCGAACGAGAGCAGGGCUACAUGAGCCUUGUCGUCAACAACCGAGAGUGUCCUUUUGGCAUGCGCGCGCCGUCUCUGUGUACGCGCGCGUGUUUAUCGACUUUUCUGCGUGUCGAGCUGAAAACCGACUUCCUUGUCGAAAUGUCUCUUGCACACAAAGGAGAGAUGGUGGAUGUAGAGACGGCCUAUGUUGAAGGCGAAGACUCUCGUCUCUCCUAGCUGCAUGUGCUACGUAGCAAUAACAAAGAGAGGGAAAGGGGAGACUCAAGCGCCUCUCUCCUGUACACGUACUCCCCACUGCGUCAACCCCGCAGUCAAGGCCUACGCGAAGCAUGAGACAUCUGCGGCCUCGUGGAAAACGCGGUCCAUGCUCUGAAACCCAGCACACUGUUUAAUAAGAGUUUAAACCGUCUCUGUCAUGAGAACAAAGGCAAACCAUCCCGCGCGUUUUCACUUGCUUUAAAAAGGAAAAAAACGCGAAACGCGUUCCCAACUUCCAUUCCUCGGACAAUUUCUCUGCGCAGAGAGACCGACGCCAACACCUCUCUGCUUCUCUCCAUCCCCCUCUUCUCUCUUCUCUAUGCCAGCAAUG